AUGAAAAAAAACUCAACCUCAAAAAAUGCAAGAUUAUUAUCACAAUUAGAAGAAAUUUCUUGCAUGUUAAAUCAAAAAAAUGCUACAAUAGAAAACAAAGGUAAUUUAACUAAUGAUACAAUUAAGCUCAAUACAGAAAUUCAAUCAUUUAUGGAUGAUACUCGUAAUGAACUUCAAUUUUAUCUUGAAGACAAUAAUAUUACGAAUGACACAGAAAAAUGUCUAAAGGCAUCCUCAUACAUAAAUUGGAGAGGACUGGACUAUGUUAAUUUGCUAUUAAAUGAAAAAGAAAAUUAUAAUAUCUCCUGUGUUGUUGAAAAAUGGAAUGAGAAACAAAAAUCUUUUGAAACAAGUAUAGAUGAAAAAACAAAAUCAACGUGUAAUGCAACCACGUUUAAUUAUUGUGCUAUUUUGAAUAAAAAUGAUAAAUGCACUAGACCUUAUGAAAAUAAUGAUCUACCAGUAACCCCAUUAUUAACGUACGAAAAUCUCAAUGAAGAUAUUUAUAGUACUACUAAAGCUAAACUUAUUGAAGAUAGACAGAUUAUAUUUCAUAAUAUUACUAAUGAUAUAUCUGAUUACUAUUACAGAAUGUAUGAAAAUAACAAUUCUACACUUAAUUGUGGAAAGUGGAGUAUGUAUAUAUAUAAGAGAGGAAAACAAUUUAUUAAAAUGGCGGCCAAUGAAUUAUAUGAAGAUGCAAUAUAUGUAAAUGAUACUAUUACAAGAUGGAAUCAACAUAGUAUUCAAUUAGAAACUACUGUGUUAGAGGAUACUAAAAAUCAAUGUAAUAUGACAAAAUUUAUUUAUCAAAUUAAAGAGCAAGAAAAUUCAAAUAAUCCAUAUGAUUUAUCUUGGCUUUUAUCAAAAAAGAAUCAUAAACAACCUAACGAAAAUACAUAUAAUACAAGUGCAUUACCAGAUAACGUACAACCUACAACUGUAGCUCCUAAUGUAUUGGAUAAUGAUACUACUACAGGUUCAUUGGGUGGCAAUACGACUAGUGUUAAUAACGUAAAUGGUAGAAAUUCCUCUGAAAAUAUAUUAGCAAGCGACACCUCAGUACCAUCCGUUACUACAGAUCAAAUUGAUUUAGAAGCUUCAACCACAAUUUCUCCAAUAGACUCAACAGAAUCCAAUUCUUUAAUUCCAAAUAAUGUAAUACCUUCUAUUACUAAUACUAUAUCUCAAACAACCUCAUAUGCACCUUCUCCAGAUACUGCAAUAUCUCCUACAAUUAAAAUUUUACCUCCACAUUCAACUAUAACUACUUCUACAGAUGAAUUUACAAUGCUAUUAUCUUCUUCUACCCCUACAGUUAACGCUUCUUUAAAUGAUUAUGCAUCUUCUUCAAUAUCUAACACUACAGGUAUUUCCAUUAAUACUGAAUUACAUACAAAUAGCAUUACACCUUCUAAAACAUACACUUCACAUCCUAAAACUUCAUCUUUACCUUUUAAUGAAACUGAAACUUCUGUAAAUGAAAUUAUAUCUACACGUGGCUAUAAAUCUGUUACAAAUGACACUGAAUCUCCUAUAAUUAAACCUUUACCUUCUCUCGAGGUUGAACCUUCUCUUAGAACUAUAACUGGAACUCCUACAGAUAGCUCUACACCUCCACUAACUUCAUCUACUCCUAUGAUCACCACUUUGCCUACCACAAGUAAUUCUUUAUUUCCAACAGAUAACACAGAACAUUCGACAUCUACAAUUGACUCUGCUAUAAAUGGUCAAAUAUCUUCAUCAUCAUUUAACGCUACAGAUUCGUCAACUAAUAUUGAAUCCUCUGCGAGCAAUACUACAAAUUCUGCUGCUACAUCUUCUUUUUCCCCUGAAAAUAAACCUUCUGCAACUACAUCAUCAAUUUCUUCUAAAACUAUAGCUUCUAUUAUUCAUGAUUCUCCAAGAGAUGAUAUGAAUACUUCUACAAUUAAUUAUGAAUCCAAAAAUAGACCUGAAGCUUCUAUAAUUACACCUAAACCCUCUAUGCCUGGUGUUGUUAAUCCCACAAGUAUAACUGAAUCUUUUAAAGAUAGAUCUAUACAACCUACUGCUGUAGAUACUAAUAUUACUGCUACAUCACCUUUAUCAGAUAGUUCUACACCUUUUUCAACAAAUACCAAUGAACCUUCUACAAACAGAAUUGCAUCUCCUGCAACUAACACUACAUCUCCUACUUCUGAUAUUAUAUCUCCAACUCUACAUUCGUAUUCUCUUGAUAAAACACCUAUUCUCACAACUCCGACCGCUUUUCUUCCUCCAACAAAUAACAAUUUAACUUCAAAUCAGACAGAUAGUAUCCAGCUGCAGAACCUACAAAAUACACAGGCCCCUCUUAUACAGGCUCAACAAUAUAUACUUGAAAAUAAUACUGGAAAUUUUUCACAAAGUCCAAAUGCGACUAUUUCAAAUAAUUUUUCGACGCCAAACCCAUCAAAUAAUCCUACCGAUGUUAUGCCUACGGUUACACCUAAAGUUAAUUUACUAAUACCAAUGGUUCCAGUAGGUAUAUUUAUUUUGGGAAUUAUUUUUCUUUUGGUUCUUAUUUGUAAAUGUACUCCUAUUGGAUCUUGGAUUCGUAAUAGGAAGUCAAAAAAAAAAAAAGCAAGAAAAAAGAUUAAGAAAAUAACAAGGGAACCGUUGCUAAUGGAUACAAAUAAUACAAAGAAUGAACCAAUAAAUAAUCAAAAUUAUUCAUUCUUACACCAUGAAAAGGAAAUACCACAAUGUGAUAUGAGUUUGAAAAAUCGAAAAGAUUUAAAGUAUAAACAAGUGAAGAAAUCCAAAGCACAUAAAGGAAUGUAUAUGGAAAAUGAAAAAUAUUUGAAGUAUGAACAUAUGAAGAAAUAUAAACCUCGUGAAGGAAUGCAUAUGGAAAAUGAAAAUAAGUGCAUUCGUGAAGCUGUAGAAGUAUCAAAGAAGCAUGAAAAUGAAUUUAUAUUGAGAGAAAAACUAAAUGAAAAUAAUCCUACAAAUGAAAUUAAAGAUGAAUUAAAUAAAAAUAGAUUAGAAGAAAAUCCUAUUCAUGUUGUAGGGUAUAUUAGGAAUGGCACAUUAAAUGAGGAAAAAGCAAAUGAAAUAAAUUCGCAUAAGGAAAAAUCUACAUGUGAAGUUGAAAAGAAAAAUUUAGGAAAUAAAACAACAAUCGAGAAUGAUGUAUGUAAUUGGAAUUCAUGGGUAGAUAUACAUAUGAAUGCAUUACUAGAAUAUAAAAAAGAGGAAUGGAAAUUGAAUAAAACCGAAUUUAUUGAUAUUUGUUUAGAAGAGAUCCAAAAAGAUGGAGAAAAUUCUAAUUUAAAAGAUAUGGGAAAUAAUUUUGAAAUGAAAAUAAAAGAAGAAAAUAGUACCGAUAUAAUAGAUAAAAAUAGUAGUAUAUUAGAUAAAUAUAAAAAUGAAAAGUGGUUUAUUAUUUUGAAGAAAGAAUGGAAACAAGAACAAGAAAAAUACUUAGAAUAUUUAGAAGAAUAUGAAAUUGAAAAAAUGACAGAAAUGGGAGUAAAUAAUUUUAUGCUAGAUAAAAAAAAAAAAAUAUGGAAGAAAUGGAUAGAAUGGCAAAUAGAGCAUUCAUACGAAUACAAAAAUCAGAAUUGGUUUAUAAAAUUGUUAGAAGAAUAUGAAAAAGAAGAAAUUCAUGAAAAUAUAAAGGAAGAAAAAAUAGAUAAAGAAAGAAACAAUGUAAUAGAUAAAAGUGAAAUGAACAAAAAUUUGGAAAGGAGAAUUUUGUUAGAUAUUUAUAUGAUGGUAUUAGAGGAAUGUAUGAAAGAAGAGUGGGAAAAAGAAGAAGAAUUUUAUAAAACAAACAUUAUAGAGAUAAAAAAAUAUAAUGAUUUGGACGAUGAAACAAACAUAUUAGAUAAAAUAGAGAGAGAAAGAAGUAGGAAUGUUAUAUCAGAAAAAAAAAAAGAGGAAAUAGAAAAAUGGAAAAGAGAAAAAUGGUUUAUUGAGUUAAUGUUAGAAUGGAAAAAUGAUGAAGAAAAAUAUAUGAUGGAGACAAAUGAAGAAAUUUUAGUAAAAAAGAAUAAAAAAAUAAUAAUAGAUGUUGUCUUAGAAAGAAAAAGAAAUAUAUGGAAAAAACAUUGUGAAAAUAUUUGUAAAAAGUGGAAAGAAGAAGAUAACAAUGAAGAAUGGUUUACAAAGUUAGUUAAUGAAUAUGAAAAUGAAGAGAAAGAAUAUAAAAGUAGAAUUUAUGAAAAUAUUAUAGAAAAAGAAAAUGAAAAAACCCUAGAAACAGGUGAAUCAAUAUCAGAGAUUAAUAAAAAGGAGGAAGGUAAAAUGAGAAAAUAUGAAAGUAAUAAUUUAGAGGAAUUAUAUGAAAUGAAUAAUUCUAUAAUAAACAAAAAAAAAUUAAAAUGGAAGACUUUAAUAGAAAUAUAUAUGGUAAUAUUGGAGGAAUGUAGAAAAGAGGAGUGGUUAUUGAAUAAAGGAAAAUUUUUAGAAACCUNAAAUGAAGAGAAAGAAUAUAAAAGUAGAAUUUAUGAAAAUAGUAUAGAAAAAGAAAAUGAAAAAACCAUAGAAAGAGGUGAAUCAAUAACAGAGAUUAAUAAAAAGGAGGAAGGUAAAAUGAGAAAAUAUGAAAGUAAUAAUUUAGAGGAAUUAUAUGAAAUGAAUAAUUCUAUAAUAAACAAAAAAAAAUUAAAAUGGAAGACUUUAAUAGAAAUAUAUAUGGUAAUAUUGGAGGAAUGUAGAAAGGAGGAUUGGUUAUUGAAUAGAGGUAAAUUUUUAGAAAUCUGUUUAGAAGAAUUUAUAGAAGAAGAUAAGGAAAAAUAUCCGAAAAUAACAGAAAAUGAUUUAGCCAUCAUAAGAGAAGGGGAAGAAGACAUUACUACAUUAAUGAUUGAGAAACAAAAACUUUUAUGGAAAAAAUGGGUACAAAGAAACAAAAGAAUGUCAGAGAAAUGGAUAAAUGAAGAAUGGUUUAUUAAUUUGAAAAAAGAAUGGGGAAAAGAACAGGAAAAGUUUGAUGAAUUAACAAAAGAAUCAGAAAUAUCAGAAAUAGAAGCAGGAAAUAAUCCUAUGCUAGAGAAACAAAAAAGAAUAUGGAAACAGUGGCUAAAAAAACAAAGAAUGUGGUUUAUACUACAUAGCGAGGAGGAAUGGUUUAAUGAUAUAUUAGGAGAAUAUGAAAAAGAAGAAGAGUUUAUGAAAGGAACAACUAAAAAUGAUACGAAAAAAGAGAAGGAAAUUCAUGAAAAUAUAGUAGAAUUGAAACAAGAAGGAGAUAAAGAAAUAGAGAAAUAUAGAAAAAAGGAAAAAUUGAUACAAAAAGUUUUGAUAGAAAUACAUAUGACACUAUUAGAAGAAUGUGUGAAGGAAGAACGGCAAAAAGAAAAAGAAUUUUUUUUUAAAACAAUGAUGAAAGAGUUGAAAAUACAAGAAAAUUUAGAUGAAAAUGUUAUCAUAUUGGAAAUAAAAAAAAAAAGAAGUAGGAAUGCUAUAUUAGAUAUUGAAAAAGUGGAAAUAGAAAAAUGGAAAAAGAAAAAAUGGUUUAUAGAGUUAAUGUUGGAAAUGAAUAACAAGGAAAAAAAAUACAUAAAAGACAUAUAUGAAGAUAUUAUAGAAAAAAAGAAUGAGAAAAGAAUUAAAAAUCCCAUGUUAGAAAUGCAAAAAAUUAUAUGGAAAAAACACUGUGAAGAUAUUCAUAGGAGGUGGUUAGAAAAAAAUAAUAAGGAAAUUUUACAACACUAA